UCCUGAGGCAUGCUUUUCGUGCUUUAUGGGUAAAGCGAGGAGUAGAAUUACUGGAGGUAUACAAACGCAACACGCGAAGAGGUUUGGUCUCGUGGCGCGUGAAUUUAUUGAAGAGUCACCCUAAGUACUGGCUCGUUGAAGGAGCGAAGAGGGUCACCAUUGGAGGAUAGCAGUAGCGGUGGUUGAAGUCAGCGUAUUGAGGAUUGCUAGCACUUUUAAUGAAUACCUGAUGGACGUGCCAGCUGAAACAGCAGAACAAUCGAAAUACCAGCACUCUGUCAAGCUCCCAUAUCUGUACAAAGAAGGGGCGAAGAUCCUCAAAGCGUAUUCAGAAAAGAAGGGGAGCCUGAAGACUCUGGUGUACGCCACACGUCAACAGCGACUGUACCGGCGCCUGCUGGCACUCGUGUCGCGCGCCGUCGAGCACGCGCCGGAGCGGUUCAUGCACUCGUCCAUCGAGCGACGCACGACGCGCACCAACGUGCUGCUCAACCUGUUCGUUUACAGCGUGGCCAUGUUCACGCUGCCGUUCGUGGCGUUCUACGGCGCCGUGCACGUGGCCGAGGAUCGGCUGGGUUACGCCGAGCACGGCUACCUGUGGGGCACGGCGGCGGCAGUGCUCACCGUGCACGCGCUCAUCGCCAUGUUCGUGUGGGGCGCGUACAAGGAGGUGCGGGACGCCGAGAUCGCCUCGGCGCCACGGCAGAUCAGCCGCCAGGAGCUGGCCACGCCCCGGUACGCGCGGGUCAACACGCUCCUCGCUUCCCUGGAUGACGUCACGCGCCAGCUGACGGCGGAGGGCUGGGAGCGGGUCGAGUACCCGGCCGACGUCCGCUACGAGGAGUUCAUAGCUCUUGUCAAGGCGCUGGGACCGUCUCAGUUCUUGCUGGAUCUGCACGUGCCCGCCCUGCUGGUGUUCGCCGCUAGCUGCCUGCCGCCGCUGGCGCUGGCGCCCUCCCCCGGCGAGCAGGUCCUGGACGCGUGCGCCGCGCCCGGCAUGAAGACGUCUCAGCUGGCGGCCAUGAUGCAGAACACAGGGACGCUGGUGGCUGUGGAGCGGGACCAGGCCCGGUUCCAGACGCUGUCCCGGAUGCUGCGCCGAGCCGGCGUCACCAACUGCCGGCUCAUCUGCGGCGACUUCCUCCGCCUGCAGCCGGCCGACCACCCGCAGCUGACAGCCAUACUGCUGGACCCAUCCUGCUCCGGCACAGGUAUGGCAGGCCGUGAGUCGGCGGACUCGGUGUCGGCGGACCGUCUCCAACGGCUGGCAAAUCUUCAGGGCAUGCUGCUGCGCCACGCCCUCAGCUUUCCGGCCGUCCGACGAGUAGUUUACUCCACCUGCAGCGUCACCGAGCGCGAGAACGAACAGGUGGUGGCGGCCACGCUGGCGGCUCAGCCCUGCUGGCGGCUGGCGGCCACGGCGCCGGCCUCCUGGCCCGGCCGCGGCCGGCCCUCGCUCUCCGACGGCCAGCACUGUCUGCGUGCCAGCGCCGAGCACGACCUCUGCAACGGCUUCUUCGUGGCGACGUUCGUCAGGGCUGCCGAAAACGAGGCUCGGCCGGGCAAGCACAAGGUCAAGACCAGGAAGCGGCAACCAUGCGACGCGGAGACGGCUCGGGCGACAGCGGAGACCACAACCGGAAAACGUGCUGGCGGGAAGACCGCCAAGACUGUGGGAUCGGCUGACGGUGAGGGCGCGCCCCCCGCCGAAGAAGCGAAAGCGGUCCAAGUCUACGAGGGAGUCACCGCGAGGCCCAAGUACUAG